UCUCCUCUUCUUCCAGAUGCAAUGAAAUGGAGAUGGUAAUCAAAGACUUGCAAAGUGCUAAACAACGUACAGAAUCGUCUGAACGUGAGGUUGAACAGCUUCGGCAGCAGCUAGCAUCGGCGACUCAGAACUUACAUCAAGUGGAACAGAUGGAGAAAGCUACAGACAUGGAACAGGCUGUGGAUGUAUUGAAACAGUCCCGACUGGAGGUGGAACUGGCCGCCAAAGAUAAAGAGAUAAGUCAACUUGUGGAAGAUAUACAGAAACUACGAGCUACAUAUAACAGCUUGCAGGAAUCAACGUCAGCUCGAAUCUCCAAGCUAGAGUUGGCCAUUAGCAGGAAGAACAAGGCCUUCCAUCUCCUGGAACUCAAGUUGAAAUCAAAGGAAGAAUUUGAUGAGUUACAGCAAAACCUCAUUUCAAUGAAGUCCUCUGAGUUCUCCGAGCUGUGUGACGAUGAAGAACCAUCGUCUCCAACGUCUGAAAGGUCUCUCGAGAUGUUGUUGAUGCUGGACAAAGCCAAAAGUGAACAGAGGUCCACACCAACGCAGCACCAAGAUUCUGACUCACAGCCAUUAAAUUUAACAGAAUCUGAAAAUUCCGGUAUAAAAAAGCAGCCACCAGACAGUGUGUUAAAGGAAACUUAUACGAAGCCAGCUGGAUCUCAAGGUUUGAUCACUAGUACUCAGAGGGAAGAUACCGCAACGGAAGAACGCAUCAACCAAAUUCUGAGCGCUGCUCAACACGCCAUGAAGAUGAAGUCAUCGGAACAUAGUAAAUCUUUUUCUGGUAUACAACAUACCGGCCAGCAACGAUCACCUUCCGUCGUACAUGACUUGACCACAAAUUUAAGUCACCCAUUGCAGGUGUCUACACCCGUACCACUUUCUGCCGGAUACAAGGAACACUCCAAGAACACUGUGUCAUCUUCCAAAAGUUCAUUGACCUCCACAAAUGGCACAGCGACAAUGAACUCAAUCGGUCGGUCUAGUCCUUCAGCUGUCUCUGUGAACUCUUCUCGAAGUCGCAGUGAAUCUGGUACCCCAACCGAGCGCAAACACAGUCACAAGAACAUCUCUUCGCAGAAUUCCUCUUCCAAAGAGCGCGAGAUGGCUGCCAAAGAAAUGGUGACCCGCAUCUAUCGCGAGGAGUUGACAAAGCUCGCUCAGGCAGCCGAGAGCGCCGGUAACGUGGCAGCGAGUACAAUGUACCAACAGGAGCUUGCUCGUAUCGCACAGAACAUUCACCGGAACACGCCACAGUCACAGGAAAGUUUUCAUCAGCAGGAUAAAGUGAACAUCAAAACGGAACCACCGGACAGUUCUUCUGAAGAGAAUGCGUCUCAAACAAAUGGUCCAAUCGAUCUUAGUAAACCCCAUAGCGCGCCACAGACACCAACAACGGAAGCAGCAUUUGCCGAUAGCACCCGACAUUCAGGAAGUGCCUUUUGCCUGGUUCGGCCACGACUUAAUGGCCAGGACAGCUAUGAGCCUUCGAGAUUCUCCUCUUAUUUGCCUUCGGACUGCUUAUCACCUUUGCAGCGAAUGCAAAACAUUGCCAAUUCGUUAACCACUCGAUCUCAUAUUGGCACGCCAUCCACCAAACCCCUCAAAGCUGUUUUGCCGCCAAUAACUCAAGAACAAUUUGACAAAUAUUCCAAUAUCGACACCGAUAUUCUGGUGAAACAGGUGAAAGAAACUCUGAGUCAAUACUCGAUCAGCCAAAGGCUGUUUGGUGAGAAUGUUCUUGGACUUUCCCAGGGUAGCGUUAGUGAUCUACUUGCAAGACCCAAGCCGUGGCACAUGUUGACACAGAAAGGUCGUGAACCAUUUAUUCGAAUGCAGAUCUUCCUUGAAGAUGGAGAGGCAAUUCCGAAACUCGUUGCUUCACAAUAUCGAAUCCCACCAGACAAACUCAUGCGCAGUAAUUCACAGAGUCAAGAGUCGAGUUCUUCUGAAUGUCUAAGCGACACUCAUCAGUGUGCUUCGGUCGGACGGCAACUUCAGUCGCCUCCCGUGCCGACGAAAGCCAGUAAUGAGGUGUCGUGGGCUGGCAGCGGAACGACAGGUAGUAGCCGCAGUGCGAGUCCCGCAACCGGUGGCUACCCCUCAUCUAUGUUCGAAAUAGCAGCGAUGACCUCCGAAAUUGAUACGCUCGAGGUCACAAGCAGAGUGAAAGAGGUGUUACAGUUUCACAAUCUGGGCCAGCGGCUGUUUGGGGAAGCUGUCCUCGGCCUGUCGCAGGGCUCGGUGAGCGAGUUGUUAUCCAAACCCAAACCAUGGCACAUGCUAAGUAUAAAGGGCCGGGAGCCGUUUAUCAAAAUGCAUAUCUGGCUAGUCGACCCUCACAAUACUGACCGUCUUAAGUGUUACCAAAAUGAGCUGAAAGAUGUAACCGACUACAAUAGCGUCGACUGGUUUGAACUGGUUCCUGCCUCUACUGUUAGUCAAUGCUGUAAGUUAACGAACCUCUUUGCUCAUUAGGUUCGCACUUGGUGUUGUCGUCAUCAUUGUUGUUGUCGUUGUUGUUGUUGUUGUGGCCCCUAUUGUUGUUGUUUCUCUUUAGUUAGUGGUGGUGGUGGCGGCAUCGGUCAGUCAUUUUUUUCUUGUUUGUUCCCAUCAAUGCACAGAGCACCCCCCCUCUUUCCGUUUCGUCCCCCUCCCUUUCUCGUUCCACAUUCGAGGGGGGACCCUUUACAGCAAAACCAGCUGAGAU